AAAAAGUAUGUGCGAGCAAAGUUCUGCGUAUUUUACAGUGUAAUAACGUAAAAAGUGACAUGGCGUGCUAUGAUACGACAAUCAUUCCAAAUAAAAGAUUUAUUCACUACAUAGACUACAUCAUCACGCAACGUUACUGGCAGACGAAUAAUAAACCCCGUCAAACUGGAGUGAACCAGGAAAACAAACCGCAGCGGUUACAGUAUCAAUGGCAGUUGAAACACCACCAACAACAGAUCUAUUAAACACGACGCACCGAUUUUGUUUUCAGUGCCUCUAGGCCUGAGCGCAGUGUUUUAAGGACGAUGUGCCAAGUUAAACAGAGUUUGAAACUUUGAAAAACGCAUCUAAAGAUCUCAGCUCCAGCUGUCAAUGAAUGCAAGAGCACGUCUGUGGAAGGCUGUAUGCUGCCUGCUCCUUGGUUUAUCGAGGCGUGUUGCCUGUACAGCUGGAGCGCUGACUGCCCCCUACUGCAUCAAGGAGAAGUCCAGGCCAUGGCAGGCACACUACACCCGCAGCUGUUGCUGCUGUCGAGGCAGUACUGCAGAGUUUUCUCUGUGAUUCACUCGCAAAUUCACACCAGCUGUUGGUUGGCCUCUAAGGAUCACUAUAAAGUUCUUGUGCUCGGUGGUGGGAGUGGUGGCGUAGCAAUGGCUGCGCGUAUGAAAAGAAAGGUUGGUGCGGAAAAUGUGGCCAUCGUGGAGCCCAGUGAGAUGCAUUACUAUCAACCUAUAUGGACGUUAGUUGGUGCAGGGGCUAAAAAAGUUGCCUCUUCUGGACGACCAACAGCUAGUGUGAUACCCUCAGGGGUGAGGUGGGUCAAGUCAAAAGUGGCAGAAUUUGACCCUCGGAAAAACACUAUUCACACGGACUCUGGGAAUAAGAUUUCCUAUGAUUAUCUGAUUGUUGCACUUGGUCUUGAGUUGCAUUAUGAAAAGAUCAAGGGCUUGCCAGAAGGCUUUGAACAUCCUAAAAUUGGUUCAAACUACUCGGUGCAAACAGUGGAAAAGACAUGGAAUGCCUUGAAGAACUUCAAGGAGGGCAAUGCUGUGUUCACCUUCCCAAACACUCCCAUCAAAUGUGCAGGAGCCCCUCAAAAAAUCAUGUAUCUCUCUGAUGACUUCCUGAGAAAGACAGGAAAAAGGUCCAAAGCCAACAUUAUUUUCAAUACCUCCUUGCCCGUGCUGUUUGGGGUCAAGAAAUAUGCAGAUUCCUUGUGGGAGAUUGUGAAGAGUCGCGAACUUAAUGUAAACCUCAGACAUAACCUCAUUGAGGUCAGGGCUGACAAACGGGAGGCAGUUUUUGAGAAUCUUGACAAACCUGGAGAGACAAAGGUUUUUGAGUACGAGUUUCUCCACAUUACCCCUCCGAUGGGACCACCUUCCGUGCUGAAAGGCUCUUUGCUGGAGGAUGCGAAUGGCUGGCUGGAUCUAAAUAAGGACACCCUUCAGCAUAAAAAGUACUCCAAUGUAUUUGGUAUCGGAGACUGCACCAACCUACCCACAUCCAAAACGGCAGCAGCAGUAGCCGCACAGUCUGCAGUACUUGACCGAACUGUCAGCAGAAUUCUGAAGAAACAGACGCCAGAUAAGACAUAUGAUGGCUACACCUCUUGCCCACUGGUUACAAGCUACAACACGGUCAUCUUGGCAGAAUUUGAUUACGAUGGGCAACCCCUGGAGACCUUUCCUGUGGACCAGAGUAAAGAGAGUAGGAUCAUGUACCACAUGAAAGCCGACGUGAUGCCUCAUCUCUAUUGGCAUGGACUUCUCAAGGGACUUUGGGGAGGCCCAGGACCGUACCGGACAAUCAUGCAUCUGGGAAUGAAAUAAAGCAUACUACAUGGGAACAGACACAAUGUGUUAUUUUACAUUAUUAAAGGCACAAAUUGUUUGAUAAAUUGUGACAGGCCAGUGUUUAGGAUUAGGCGCCUAAAUAGAAGCCUAUUUAUAAUUUCUGGUUGUUAAUGCUUGCUUGAUUAGUUGUGUUAAAUUUUAUCAUACAAUAACAUACAGAUUAGUAUGUACAAUGUCUGAUUGCAGUGCUAUAUAAAAGCAUUUUGGCUAUGGCCAAAGAAAAUGCCAUAUUCAAUGUCCGAGUCAUCGAAAUGACAUCCUACUUAUUGUGAGUUUCCUUAAUUAACUAUCCAUGCAUCAAUCUUACAGAAAUGUCUUAUAUGAAAAUAUGGAAAUAAAGAACAUAUUCUGUAAAGCUACACUAUGUAACUUUUUUUUUUUGUUGUUAAAAAAUAACAAUGUUAUUAAUGAGAGAGUGCAACAAAAAUCCAUCUUCCAAAUCAUGUCUUUACCCAAAUACACUUUGAUAAACCCAUAAUAAUAAUUUAUAUUUUAGAGCUGUGGGGACGGAUUUCACGGGAAAUUGCACACAUACGUCAUUCGCCCGUGCGUGUUGAUGUCAUAUCCAUACACAGAGAAAAUAAGAUCCGGCUACUGCAGUGUGCGUGUGUGGGAGUAGCUGAAGCUGAAAGUUUGUUGUCACAACGAACGAGAAAAAUUGACCAUGGAUCAUUCAAAACGGCAAACCUCUGGGGAAUCACCGGUUGUAAAAACAAAGAAACCUCGAACAGAGUCUACAAGAUUCUACAAGCACAAAGGGAAAACCCGAAUCAACAUCGGCUUGGCUUUUCAAAUGUGGCGACAACUCUGAGAUCUGAAAGGAUUUAAAAGCGACCCAGAGAUGGCUUUUUUCUUACUCAACAGGUAAGAUAUUUUAUUGAUAUGGUUUAUGAAUAGUUGUGUGAAAUACAAUGAUUAUACUGUAAUUGGUGCAGAACUUUUCAUUUGCUAGCACGUGUGUAUUUUUCUUUAUAACGGCAAUCAUUUAUAUAAAUAAAUCCUUUAGUCCUAGGCUUGCCAAGGACAUGUGAGUCUUGAAAUGAUGUUGACCACUGGUUGGUAACAGUGACAAUCUAUAAAUUAGUUAAUGUCGUGGUCUAUUUGGCCAGAAUAUCCUGCAGUUAUACAAACUUUACAACGUUUGACCUUAUCAGAAUAUCAAUUGUUAUGUCUAAUGUUAACGAACGUUGCCUAACUUUUGUAACAUCAUUUAUUUCAAAGCAUCAAUGUUUCCAGUAAGUCAAAAC